ACGCGCGGCAAUGCCGGGCGAGGCGCCGCUCCUGCCCCCGACGGCCUUUUCUGCGGGGCUUCUAGCGGCAAGCCAGUGUGCGCGCAGAAGGCGGCGCCUGAGGCGAGGUGGCGCGGGGCGGCGUCCUGCUCCCCCGCCCCGUUUCUGGGCUGCCUCCUCCGAGCCGGCAGGGCGGCUUCCUGCUCUUAGUGCCCGGACGGGAUUGGGGAAGCACCUGCAGCGCGCCGCCGAGAGGGUGCAGCUUGCCGGGGCUUGAAGGGUCGCAAGGAGCCUGGGCUGGGGAGCGCGCAGCCUCGUCCCUUCCUUCCUAUCCAUCCGCGGGGCAAAAGGAGAGAGAGAGGGGAAAGUCCGCUUUUGGUUGCUGCCGGGGCUUGGCGAGCGGCUUCGCAGCGCGAGGGAAGGAGCUAAGCAGGAGAGUUGCUGGAAAGUGGAGACUGGCCUUUUGUGUCCCCACCAGUCAAGAAACUACCAUUUCUUUGAAUAGGCUAGGCACCCCCAUGAACGUAACAAAUGUAUCAGGAAAUGGCAUUGCUCCCUGGGCCCACAGAUCCCGAAUUCACCUCAUAUUCUUACAACAACUUGGAGACGCUUUGCGAAGUGCAGGCAAAGAAAGGAUUCUUCUACAAAAAGGCCACACUUCUGCGUCCUGGGGAGGACUUGUGUUGCUUUGCCCACCGAGAGGACCGAACUGGGUAUGUGAUCAUCAAUGUAGGUGGCAUCAAAUACAGAAUCCCAUGGACCACAUUAGAGAAUUGCCCCUUGACCAGGCUUGGGAAGUUAAAAUCGUGUAACAACUACGAAGAGAUCAUGGAUAUCUGUGAUGACUAUGAUGUCAAUUGCAACGAGUUUUUCUUUGACCGCAACCCCUGUGCCUUCAGGACCAUCAUGACUUUUGUGACGGCUGGGAAGCUCAGGCUCCUGAGAGAAAUGUGUGCCCUCUCUUUCCAAGAUGAGCUGGUUUACUGGGGGAUAGAAGAGGAACACCUGGAGUGGUGCUGUAAAAAAAGGCUGCGACAAAAAGAGGAAGAGAUGGCGGAGGCCGCGCUGUUUGAAGAGGAAAUGCUAGCUAGUGAAGAGCCGCAAUGUGCCUUCGAGGACAGUAGCCGUUUGCAGUUCUGCAUGAGAAAGCUCAGGGAUAUGGUGGAAAAUCCUCACUCGGGGAUCCCUGGAAAGAUCUUUGCUUGCAUAUCCGUUUCCUUUGUUGCCAUCACUGCAGUUAGCCUCUGUAUUAGCACCAUGCCAGAUCUCAGAGAAGAAGAAGACCGGGGUGAAUGUUCCCAGAAGUGCCAUGACAUCUUUGUUCUGGAGACGGUCUGCGUGGCUUGGUUUUCCUUUGAGUUUGUCUUGCGCUCCAUCCAGGCAGAGAGCAAAUGCGCCUUCUUGAAGACUCCGCUCAACAUUAUAGACAUCUUGGCCAUCUUGCCUUUCUACAUCUCUUUGAUUAUAGAUACAGCCUCUACCAAAAACACUGACAAACCUGGGGGUAGUGGCGGUGGCGGCGGUGGUGGAAACAAGUACUUGGAGAGAGUGGGCCUUGUCCUCCGCACCUUGCGAGCCCUCCGUAUCCUGUAUGUCAUGCGCUUGGCCAGGCAUUCACUGGGGCUGCAGACCCUGGGGCUUACUGUACGCCGUUGCACCCGGGAAUUUGGGCUCCUGGUCCUCUUCCUUUGUGUCGCUAUGGCACUCUUCUCCCCACUUGUUUUCCUGGCAGAGAGUGAAAUGGGAGCCAAGCAUGAAUUCACCAGUGUCCCCAGCAGUUACUGGUGGGCUGUCAUAUCCAUGACAACUGUUGGCUAUGGCGACAUGGUACCUCGUAGCAUUCCUGGGCAGGUGGUCGCCCUGAGCAGCAUCUUGAGUGGCAUUUUGCUAAUGGCUUUCCCUGUCACGUCCAUAUUCCACACUUUUUCCCGCUCGUACAUCGAGCUUAAAGAGCAACAGCAGAGAGCUGCUAGCAGACAGUACCAUCAUGUGGAAGAAAGCACCAGAACUCUGAAUGAGGACAGUUCCCAUGAAGGAGAUGACACAUGUUCACAAGAGGUUGAUGCAGAGGUGGUUCACGCAGAGACUGGACAGGGAACUAAGAGUUGCUGACUCUAGUGAAACUAAAGUAUUGUAGGAACUUUGGGGAAAAGGGCGAAUAGAUAUUUGUCAUAUCUGAAACAGCCCCUGAACUGCCCAUAUCAGGGUACUCAGCCAAACACAGUGUUGGAGAAAGACUGCCCUUUUAAGCAUUGGCUUAAGUGACCAAUCCUGUUUCUUAAGAAAAUUCAUCUGCAGCAUCCUUAGAACACAAGAUACUUUUCAGCACUCAAGAGUGAUCUUGAAGGAACAGCAGUUUAAAAGACAGGUUUCCACUGUGCACAUAGCGGGGAAUAACACUGCUAAAACAGUUGUGUGUAUAUUUUUAAAUAAGCGCCCCAAAUUCAGGGUAAAGUACAUGUGCCAUAGGACUGGGAGCAAGAGAAAGAUUGCACAAGAACAUUUUUUUCCCUAAACCCUGUACCACAGGUGGUUUCAUGGUUUUGUAAAAAGUCAUGGAGUAUUGCACAGAAAGGGUUAAAGGAAAAUUUGAAAGUAUGGGGACAAAGGGCCAUUUCUGACAAAAAGCUACCCCUAGUUUACAUCUCUGUUUAAUUUUUUCUUCAAUAGAACGAAGAUCAAUAACCACAACUCUGGCUGCCUGCUGACAGGUCUGACGUGUGCUUUAGCUCUUUAUGCAUUAUUUAAUAAAACAUGCAGAUUUACCACAGUAAGCUUUUGCAUCCUAGCUUGGAUGGCAGACGUAUACAAUAUGUUCCUUUUUGCUCAGAUUUGAAUGUAUAUUGUUUUAAAAUGAUGCUGUUUACUUCCAACGUUUGGUAUCUUAUUGCACUUCUCAGGAUGUGGCGCCUGUUGGUGCCAAGAUUUUCAAAACUGAAGAAAACAUAUCUAAGAAAGGUCAGUGUCUGGUUGGAGGACGUUUAGUUCCCUCCCAUCAUCCAUGAAUAACUAAAAGGCAGGGUGGGGCUCCCCCCCCCCAGUACAUACAGUUAGUGAACAUAGGGGAGGAGGUAGGAAAAAGAACAGGGAGGUGAUACUACAAAUUGUAAAACAGGGACGGUUUGUAGUGCAUUUGGAUGCAGCCCAUAAUUCCGCUCCCCCCGGGUAAGUGGGCAUGCCAAAAACUCCCAUUUGUGUGUAUGAGAGCUGUUUUUCCAAUGCCUAAUUACUCCACCAGGAUGGGCAGCACCCGGUAGGAGAACGCGAGAAGGAUGAGGCAGGAGGGGAGAGAGAUUAGGUAUGUGGAUGUGAAUAGAGGGAUAGGGCAAGGGAUGCAAGAGGGAAAGCCAAGCCCUCCUGUUGCCUGCUCAGCCCUCAGGGAAAUAAAGGUUCCCCAUCCCCGAUGUAAUAGGAACAGUAAAGACAAGUGAUGCAGUAUCACUAUUAUUUAUUAAAUUUAUUAGUAGCUUUCUUGCCAUGCAACUCAAAGCAACAAUUUUCAGCAAAAAAUGAACACAUGCCUACAUUAAAUUAAUAAAAGAAAUCUAAAAAACCUUUCUGAUUGUUGUUUUUUUUAAAGUAGAUAAAAGCUGUAGGUAAUUAAAAGCCAAAGGUGUAAUGAUAAAGGAUUGUUUUUGCCUGGUGCCUGAAGACAUGUAAUGAUGGUCCCAGGUGAGCCUUCCUGGGGAGAGCAUUCCACAAGCGAGGAGCCGCUACUGAAAAGGACACACAGUUCUCAUGGUGCAGAGGACAGCAUAUGAAAAAGCUGAACUUUCAAUGUUGUGAAGAUGCACAGAGAAGAAGCACAAGGCUUUUUGCUUCCUGUAUCAGUGUUAUGCAACAGCUGCUGUUAUGAUGUAGAACAAAGACUCUGAAAGAAGUUACGCUCUAGUAGGAUUGAGAAAUUCUCUCUCUCUCCCUCUCUCUCUCUCUCUCUCUCUCUCUCUCUCUCUCUCACACACACACACACACACACACACACACACCCCCCAACACACCAACCACAAAAUCAACAGAAUACUCCUUUCUCACCACAGACUUGGUUACAUGUGGAGCAUGCAAACAAUUUCUUCAUGGCUGUCCUACACAGACUGAGCAACAGCAACAGGAGUCAGCACUCUGCUAUUUUUCUGCUACAGUCAAGCAGCAGUUUGGCACACUUCUUAGUUGCCAUGAGCCUCAGCCCAUCACCCUACAAAAGCAAGUGCUUCAGAUCUGAGCAAAAAAAUAAGAACAUCAUCAGCCUUGGGGUUGUUUUUUAAAAGUUUCUAGUGCAGGAAAGUAGUAGCUAGUAAGGCAGAUGUUCAGCUUCUCUUCAGAUGAGUUAAUUUGUGGUCAGCAAGGUUGUGAGAAAAAUGACAUUCCAGAUCAUAUUCAGGACCAUGGGAGUCUAUUGAUUUCAGGUUUUUUUACUAACAAAAUAGCUACUGUUUUUCAAAAUGCUUCUGUCCUUAGUAAAUAAUAAUCAAUCAUUUUAAACAUAGCUUUGAAUUAAUAUUUCCUGUUUCUCAUUACCACUUGUUCCAAGAUAUUUGAAAAUAAAAUUCUCUUGAAGCACCCCCA